AUAUAGGCAAAAUAUUGUAAAAACGAAACACAAUAAUGACAACCAACGAUUCAGAAUAGUGGUAGUGCAGUAGCACCCAGGAGGCUGUCUGACUACCGAAGAGGUGUGGACCCUCUCUCUAAGGAGAUUGUAAUAAAACAAAAACAGGAAUACAUCCUUUCAACCUAGAAUGCCCUGUAUGAACUGGACUGCAUGCAUAACUCCAUUUCUGGCUCCAUGUCAACGAGCAGCUCUGUCACCCUUCUAAAAUGGCUGCUGUCGUGGCUCUUCAGCUUGGAGGACUGGUUUGGUUGUUGUGCUUCUCCCAGUAUCGGGUUCAGCAACAUGUCCUGCAGAUUGUGUUUGGCCGCACGCCGGAGUAGCAUGGCAGCCUUUAGUGUCUCAAGUUCAUAUUUAGCCUAUGUUUUAAAUUUGAACGAGCAAGUAAGACAUCCUUAUUUGUCACUCAAAAUAAGUAUUGACACAUCUUUAUUAUUAUUAUAAACUAAAGUAUACAUUUGUUUUCUUUAAUGUCUAAUAGGAUAUCUAACAGUUGAACACCAAUAAUUGACUGUAAAAUGUAUGGAAUCCAUAGGCUAUUUAGACAAUGAAACUAACAUAUUGUCGGACAAGCUCUGUUUGAUUAAUUUUGAUGAGUGUCAAAGCUGAAGACUAAAUAAACAAUUCAACUCCAAUGUGACGGCGCUUCUUUCUGCCUCUUCCUCGUCGCCGAGUCGUUCUGCAAGCUGAGAGGAGAGAGGACAGGUUCGUCCUGUUCGGGAGGAGCCCACGUGAUGAACACCUGUAGGCGUGUCGCAUUGUCCUCUGAGCGCGAGGUGGGGCGCGCGCUGGAGCCACGCAGGAUGCAUCCGCGCGCCUAGUGACUUGUUUACGUUCACCACGUCAGUGACUUACCGUCUUCAUCAGGAUCACACGGCGCGACACAGCAGCAGGGUCAGCUUCAGUUGGAUUUCAGUAUGCCGAACAAGAAACACAAAUCCCCACUGCACAAGCCAAGUGCUGGCAAACACCAUAGCAGCAGACACAAACACAGCGAGUCCAACCCAGUCUUUUCCUACUACCAAGGAGUGAAUAUGCUUCACUUCUACCGCUGGACUUCACCACCUGGAGUGAUGAAGAUAAUGUGUAUCAUCAUCAUCAUCAUGUGUGUGGCUAUGUUUGCCUGCGUGGCCUCCACACUGGCCUGGGACUACGACAUGGGCCUCAUGGGUAUGGGAGGCGGUGCUGGCUUGAUGCCAGGUUAUGGCAGCUCAUACGGUGGCUCAUACAGUAGCUCAUACGGUAGCUCAUACGGGGGCAACACAUAUGGAGGUGGCGCUGGUGGCUCUGGUGGCUCCUAUGGCGGAGGAUCAGAAAUGAGUCCUGCAGCUGGAAAAGGCUUCCUCAUCGCCAUCGCCGCCAUAACCUUUAUAGCUGUGCUCAUCAUAUUUGUGUUGGUUGUUUCGAGGCAAAAUGCUGCCCGCUCGCCAAAGUUCUACCUGGCAACCAUCAUCAUCUGUGCCAUCUUGGCAUUUCUAAUGGUCAUCGCCACUAUUGUGUACCUGGUGGCGGUGAACCCAACAGCCCAGGCGACAGGGUCUGUCUACUACAGCCAGAUCCAGCAACUGUGUUCCCAGUAUCAGACCCAGACCCAGGCCCAGGGCAUCUUCCUCAACCAGUACCUCUAUCAUUACUGUGUGGUGGAGCCCCAAGAGGCCAUAGCUAUCGUUCUGGGCUUCCUGGUGUUUGUUGCCCUCAUCAUCCUGCUGGUGUUUGCAGUCAAGACUCGCACCAACAUCAGGCGCUGGGGCCGGGAUCGCAUACUCUGGGAGGAAGUGAAGGUUGUCAAUAAUGGUUUCAACAACAGCGUCGGGGAGUGGGUGAACAAUGUGUCUGGUGACCCAGAGGUGCAGGUACAUGACCAUAAUCCCAUAAUGAGAGGGUCCAGAGAAUAUGUGGACCAGCUGGACCACAACAAGCCUCUUUACCUUCCAGGAGACUCAGACAUCAGCAGUUCUGUGGGAGGCCUGCAGCCCAGGCUGAAGGACUAUGACGCGGGUGUGGAGUCUGGAGAUGACCUGGAGGAGGAGGACUUUCAUGUUUUGUUUCCUUCCAUUGCGGAUGAGCAAGAGCGUCUGAACUACAAACGUGAAUUUGACCAGGAACACCAGGAGUACAAGAGCCUGCAGGCUGAGCUGGACAGCAUAAACCAGGACCUGGCUGAUCUGGGCAGAGAGCUGGACCAGUACCCGGAGGGCAGUCCACAGUUCCUGGAUGCCAUGGACGAAUACACCAGACUGAAGAACCUCAAGAAGUCCCCAGACUACCAGGUUAAGAAGAAGAAGUGCAAAUAUCUCAGGUCCAAACUGUCCCACAUCAAAAGAAAGAUCAGCGAAUACGACCGCCGGCCUUGAACCCCCCCCAGUUCAUCACAAACUUCUAUGGGAUUACUAUAUUGAACACCUGUUGCCUCUAUGUUACAUCUCUAUAAAGCUAAUCAACUGAAAUAUUUUUUCCCCAGAGCAUAAGGGGUGAAUAAAUAUGGAAUGGACGUUGUCUUUGAUUAAUAAUUUUACCUCUGUGAGUUUCAUGACCAACUAUUUCAGCAUAUUAAACCUUUUACUUUUUUUUGUUAGAAAGUCAGAGAUGGGAAUUUAGAUGGUUUUGUUUCAGUACUUGUGGCUUUUAUGUAGCAGUUAUUGUGCUUCUUUGAUAGUCUUUUUAAAAACAUGUCUGACCGUUUUAUGAACAAUGAAGAAACAGCUACGAGAAUAUGAAGGAACAGCUAAGAUGAGACAUGAACAUCAUUGAGUCACUGACCAUCUCUUGUAAAUAAUUGUUUUUUUCUAGUUCUUAGAAACAAUGUCAUUGUUUUAUUAAUACGUUUUUCUGUUCUUUUUGUAUAGACUUUUGUCAUUAUGUGUAUUAAAAGGAAAAGCCCAGGUGUAAAUACAUGAUGUCUUGGUACCCUUAAGGUGGGCCGUAAACAAUUGUCUUUAAUGUUCUGAUUGUUAUUCAAAAGCAAAUGAACAAAUCCUCCCACCCAGUCAAUAUAUUUUUAUUACGCACAUUUUAAAUUAAUGUAAUUCAUGCUUGUUGAACUGUUUUAACUUAUGUAUGCAUUAUGUGGUUUGGUGUGCAAUUACAAAGUUAUAUCUGUUCUGACUUUUGGAGAAAGCAGGAAUGCAAGAUUUCAAUAAAGAAAAGUAAUUAUUAAUAAACUCAUUGUAUUACU